ACUUAUCGGCAAGAUGGCGGAUGCAGAGGAGGAAACUGAAGUAACUCCGCCUCGUUUAUCCGCGAGCGAUUUUGACAUAUUCGCCGAAAAACUCCUUACGCAUCAGUUACUGUUGACUGCACUUGAGCUGCACACGGAAUUAGUUGAAGCAGGCUUAGAGAUUCCUCGUUUACGUGAUUUCUUCUCUAAUCCUGGGAAUUUCGAACGUCAAUACCAGACGACAACAUUAAGCAGUAGCGCACACUCGCCAGUUAUACCCCGCACAUCUAGUAUUGCAACCAUUGAUUCGUUGGAUGACUAUGCUCGUUACUCAGAUGAUGGUGUACGAGACACAGAUGAAAAGGUUGCAGUCUUAGAAUUUGAACUGAGGAAAGCUCACGAGACUAUUAAAGCACUGAGGGGAUCUUUGACAGAGGCAACUGAAACUGAAACUCCUGCUUCCGAAGGUAGUCAUAGUGAAAAUACUGAGAGAGAUCAUUCCACUGGAGGGGACCUGUUAAGACCUCAUGAGAAGUGAGCCCUAAAUUUCUUGGUAAAUGAAUACUUACUAAAGAAUGGCUACAGAAUGACGUCUGUAACUUUUUCAGAUGAGAAUGCAGAUCAGGACUUUGAUGACUGGGAUGAUGUGGGUUUAAACACUGCCAAGCCUCCAGACCUGCUGCAUCUGUACCGAGACUAUGGACAUCACACUAUACCUGAAGUGAUGCUGGUGUUGAAAUCAGUGAAGGAAGAGAAAGCAAACUUGGAGGCAGAAUAUACAAAGUUACAAGAAGAGUGCAAACAGCUUCAGGAGGGAAUAGGAGAACUCAAAUAUGAGAACCAUACAUUGAAUGAAACAAUAGAAAAAUUGGAAAGUGAAAUAAAAGAGAUUGUUAACUCCUCGUAUCCGACUGAAAGGACCUUGCUGAGCCCAGGAAAAAGUACUGAUUUAUCAGAGACAGAUACAGAUGGUGUCACAGCUGGACCCAUCAGUGAUUCAACAACAGAGAAUGAGGAUGCUACAGAUGGUAACAAUUAUCCUGUGGAGAUUAACGAAAGUGGCAAGGUACUAAAUGAAGAUGAAAAUGCAGACAAUGCGGAGAAACUUGACGUAAGUGAAGAAUUGGGUGAUAAAGAUCCUGAAGAAAAUUUUCCUGAAAGUGAUAGUCAUCAAGGAAAUACUGCGGAUGUGGAACUGACGCAACAAAAGGGUGAUGUCUCUCAAGUCAGACCUUUGUCGCCAUCAUCACAACCAGGCAGCAUAGAGGAGAAAGAUCAAACUUCAUCAAGAACAACUUCAUCGUUAUUUAGAGACACUCUGUUGGCUUUUACGCAUGUGCAGCUAGAGAACAGACUCUCUAAUGAGGUUUGUAAGCUUUCAAACGCUGACGAAAAUGUGGUUUUGAUUGUCGCGAGAUGUUUGCCGCAUAUUAUGCCUAAUGUGCUGCUGAACAAAAGAGAGGAACUGAUUCCCGUAAUUCUUUGUUCAGCCAUUCACCAUCCAGCCGUUAAAGAAAGAGACAAUCUUCUUCACAUGUUAUUUAAUUUAAUUAAACGACCAGAUGAGGACCAAAGGCAGAUGAUUAUGAGCGGGUGUGCUGCGUUUGCGCAGGUCGUGGGACCAACUCGGAUAGAGGCUGAACUCUUACCACAAUGGUGGGAACAGAUUGGCCACAAGUACGUUGAAAGAAGACUCCUUGUUGCCGAAGCCUGUGGUGGAUUAGCGCCGUAUUUACCGGACUACAUUCGUAGUUCUCUGGUGUGGUCCAUGUUGAAACAAAUGCUAAGCGAUGACCGAAACGAGAUUGUUCGAGAGGCGGUGACAAAGAGUCUGGGACUAGUCGUGGCAUUUAUAGAAAAUGUGGAUAAAUAUCAACAGGCGUACGAGUUGUUAGAGGAAACAUUGUUUGAUCCGUCAGAAAAAGUAGCGAAGACUUCCAGAGAAGUGUUUCUACCGUCAUUUGCCGUAUGGGCUCAAGACCUUGAUAAAGUAGAAUCUCAUCUUUUCACUUCACUGAUCUCCAAAGUGGAAAAUGCGUUAAAGGAUUUAGAGCAAGUUCACGAACUUGCCAAUGACUCAGAGGAUACUGAGAAAGUGCAUAAGACAUUUGAAGCCAUUCACGACAGACUAACACGCUCUGUUCAGGUUAUUUCGUCGCUUAUUCCAGUGCUGUUUGCUUCAGUUCUACGGACAGCACCAUUUUCCAAAAAGCCAGAAGAGGUCGAAAGGUACAACGUGCCAGUUGCACCGGACAGAUUUCUACCGCCACAGUCGCCACUGACUGAUAUCGAGAAAAUAUUAGGUGGGAACCAGGCUGUCGCCUUCCAUGUUCGUCGAUUUGACAAACACGUGUCGGAGGACCUCUUUGAUUCAUGGGAUAGUUUGACUUGGAUUCAUUACGAAUGUUUACCGAACUUAUGUGAGAUUGUAGGAAAAGUUCAUGUGUCUUUGACGGAUUGUGUACAACAGCUGAUUUCGCUUUUUCGCUCUUUGUGUAUCACGCUUGGGAAACCAUACUCAGACAAAAAGGUGAGGAAAGACUUCAUUUUUUCCAGUACAUGUACCUUUGUUAACCUGUUGAAAGUAAUGUUGGUGUCUUGUUUGGUCACUAUUGUUCCGUUUCAACUUUAUCUUUUAUGGUUUUUAGAAAAAAAAGAAAGUCUCCUAUCUAGUGCCUCGCUUCCUGUACUGGCCGCUGGCGUCCUGGGUUGUUUUGAUUCGGAGGAAGAUAUGUCUGAACUGACGUCAUUAUUACGUAAUUCGGUAAUUGCGCUGGCGGAAGCCUCGGCACCUCUCGAGGGACCAAUCAUAAUGUACCAGGAGUUAAGUACUUCGUCUCGAUAUCUAGAGGUACUUAUGGGUGUACUCUGGGAGAUAGUAGUCCAUUCCAGUUCCUCUGUGCGCUGCUGUGCGGCUCCUUUAUUUACUGUGUUAAUGAAAGGUGUUGACCUGGAUUUAAUCAGCAGAAAGGUUCUACCAGCCCUAGUAACUUUAGCUUCAGAUUCACAAAUGUCAGUGAGGACGGCGUCGAUUCCAGCGUUUGGCGCAAUAGUGGAAAAUGUCACUGAUAAAAUGAUUUUAGAAAAAGUUUAUGUACAGUUCCAGUCGUUUCUUGAAGACCCACAAUACAGAGAUCAACAUGAGCUACAGACUACCAUGAUAAGAACGUUUGGCAAAGUCGCCCCUCAUGCAGAGCCACAUUUCAGAGAUGAAGUUCUCUUACCACGGUUGGUUGUGAUGGCAACAAUCAACAACCAAUCGCAAGACGAUACGAGACGGAGGGAGAUUGCGUUGGAGCUAAUGGAAGCUUACGUGUCUUUGACGUGUUGUUUCAUCUCUAUUGACGUGUUAAAUGAUUACAUCAUUCCAGGACUCCGUGCGGUUAAACAGGAUAUCGAGGCCCUGGCUCCAGAAUGCGAGGAAACUGUCCAUGUACUUCUCAAAGAAUGCGAGGUUAAGGCUGACCAGAAAGCACUCUCACACCUUCCUGCGGGUAGCAAGAUAGGACAAGAAAUUAAAAGCACGUUUAUAAGUGGAUUCCAUCGAUUAAAAGAUGCACAGCGACCAAAAAUGGCGGACAUUUUUAAGAAGAAAGAUCGCUUUGACUCAUGACAAACGCAGCGUCUCCCGAUUCUCCAAUAACCUCGGUCAGCGGUACUCUGGUAACCAUGGAUUCUUGGCUCGAAGCCGUGGUGAAAAUUGAUAAUCAGAAGUGACACUCAAGUGUGGGAAGAAUUUUAAAGAAUUACUCGAGCCGUAAUGGUCGAAUACCAAGGCCGAAGAUUCAUGGCAUACUUUAUCGAUUUUGAAAGAGAUUACAACAGAAUUAAACGUAAAUAUUGGUAUAUCUGAUAAGUAUGACAAAACCAAGCGAUAUCUGGCUUUGCAAAAGAAACGGUUAUGCGAAGUUCAGGCUCAGUAGGACAGUGCACUUAUCAUAGUUUCUCCAUCCGCUCUUACCUGCCGCGAGAAUUUUAAGAGCGGUUCGUCAGUUAUAAGAUGCGCCUGUCUUUACAAAGUGAACGGCCAUCUUCUAAGUUUAGUAUGAGUUUUCUGUGUUUCAAGUUUGUUAGACUCUUAUUGGUAACGUAGCGAUCGUAACUAUAACGACCAUCAUCGUAAGGGGCGUUUAUAUUGUAUUCUCAUAGAGACACCUAUGAUCGGAAUAUUUCGUACGAUUGAGAUGAUUUUUUUAUACUUGUGUGGUAAUCCGUAAAAUUGUACGUAUUUCCCUUUACAUGAACUUAACUGGAUGUGCCCCAACAAGAAGUGGGUAACACCCGGUGUUAUUCUCGUAGCGAUAUUCUAUAAUUUUCCCACCUUAUUUUCGAUCUAACGAAGUCUCUGUUCAAAACUUGAAGCGUUUGUCUGCCAUUACAGAUGAAGAAUUACACUGAAAACUGUUUAUAAACGUUUUUUGUUGCGCGCUAAAAGAAAAAUAAUAUUCAAUUACGAAAACAACAGCUUCCAUUUGGAGCGACAGCUUUGCAUUCGGGAAACUGCUCUCUUCCCGGAACUGACACUCAUCGUGAACAAAUAUAGUAAAUUUUCGCAGCAGUUGGAAACUAUCGUCACUUUAUCGUGCCAGGUUAAGCCGAUUAAUUUUUGAACUUUUCAUACCAGUAACUUGCAGUUUGUAGUAUUUCCAAGGUGAUGUAAAUCUGAAUGUUAUAAACGGGUUUGUCAUUGCGAGCUUAACCUUUACACUAUUGUAGUUAUGCUUCGGUCUUUAGCUCUGGAGUUACAGCAUGACAUUUGUUCCGCGUACGGUUUCAAUGCAAAUCCAAACAGAAUGAUGAAAGAAUUUUGAUUUUUAAUGCCAAAGAAGAUUUUAAUCGUGGGCUCGAUUUGAACUAUAUAUCAGGACUGUGAAGAGUAAAAUUUGUGACGGGGCUAGAACUGUUCACAGCUUUCAAAAAUCGUUGUUAGGCCUCACGUUUACAGAUUGUAUCUCAGAUGUCUGGUACACAUUUGAAUGUGUUUCUUGCCUGAUAUAUUAAUGAUAGUAAACAGUCGUAGGGAUCUUUAACAAUAAAUUCGGCUGUAGCACUUUUGAUAUCGCAUUUUACGUAUUUGUUAAAAUUUCUUUUCAAUCUUUAACUAUUUUCGUUCGUUAAAAUAAUUAAACUAAAAUUGACUCUAAAGGGUAUAUUUUGUAGACUUUCACACAGAAAUACUUUAAUACUCUAAUGUAAAUAGAAUUAAAAUUACCAUGCAGAGACAGUGAAUAAAAUGAAUCUUUUUUUUUU